AUGUCUACCGCUGACACCACCAACUCAAGCGCGUCGUAUUCGGAGACGAACCUCUCAACCCCAGCAGCAAAUAUCGCUAUAGAAAGCCAUUUGCACCAUCCUGGAUCCACUAUCAAACUUCCUUACCAAUUUGGUCCCGUCCCAUUGGAUGAUGAGAAGGUUUUCUUUUUUGACAUCGAUAAUUGCUUGUACCAUGCCAGCUACAGGAUUCAUGAUUUGAUGCAGGUUUACAUCCGCAAAUAUAUUCGCAAACACUUGGGGGUGAACGAAGCCGAAGCAAAAGAAAUCAACGUGAAGUAUUAUAAAGAAUAUGGUCUAGCGAUCCAGGGGCUAGUAUAUUUCCAUAAGAUUGAUGCCAUGAAGUAUAACACCGAGGUGGAUGAUUCGUUGCCACUACAUGAGAUCUUGAAACCAGACCCAGAACUCAGAAAAAUGUUGAUCAAGUUGCGCGAAGCUAAUCAUUUGAAGCGGUUUUGGCUUUUCACUAACGCUUAUAAGAAUCAUGGCUUGAGAGUGAUCAAAUUAUUGGGAAUUGGUGACUUGUUUGACGGAAUGACCUUUUGCGAUUACGAAAAACAAGAAAAGUUCAUUUGCAAACCUGAUUCAAGAAUCUUUGAAAAAGCCAUGAGAGACGCCGGGGUUAGCGAUGCUAAAAAUGCCUAUUUUGUAGACGACAGCUACAAGAACUGUCAAACAGCAAUAGAUUUGGGGUUCAACAAGGUGGUGAAUGUUGUCGAAAACGGGGAUGCGACAAAUACCCCAGAAGGAUGUUUAUCCAUCAGUACCAUACAUGAUUUACCAAAAGUAUUACCAGAAUUGUUUGAAGCUAAUUGA